CGCAGCAGCAGCAGCAGCAGCAACAGCAGCAGCAGCAACAGCAGCAGCAGCAGCAACAGCAGCAGCAGCCACAACAACAGGUCGGCUCGCCGGGAAACGGAAAUGUGGGCAAAGGUAGUCCGUCUCCCGGAAACUCGUCGUCUCCCGGCACCGUCGCGACCUCCAACAAGCUCCAGCCGGAGCAGAAGCCGGUGGAGUGCAAUCUGUGCCAUCGAAAAUUUAAAAACAUACCGGCUCUUAAUGGCCAUAUGAGACUCCACGGUGGUUACUUCAAAAAGGACGCGGACAACAAGAAGAGCGAGAAGAAGGAGGUCGUCGGGCCGCCCCUGCAGACGGCGUCGGUCAGCGUGAGGGCGCUCAUCGAAGAGAAGAUCAUACAGAAGAGAACGACAGCAGCGGACACGAGUGGCAAUCAGCAGUCGCGUACGAACACCACCGUUUUCACUACGCAAGUCGACGCCAUCUCGCAGAUCGGAGGCAAGACGAGCUUCGCGGUGCCAGCACCGCCGCCCUUGGCUGCGGCCGAGAAGGUACGCCGGCUGUCCGAUGGUGAGCAUUUCCGGCAGCCCAAUGUCACCGUGGGUGGUCACGCGACCGUGCAGAAACAAAUGCAAGAAGCGCAAAAUCAGGCUCAAGCACAGGCGCUCGCCGACCUGAUCCUCAAGGGAGCGAAGGUGGCUGUGAAGAGGACAACUUCCGAUCCGGGACAGAGAUUACACCUAACGUACCAGCCACCCGUACAAUCAGUGACAACCAAUCAGCAAACGAAUAAUCAGCCGCAGGCGCAGCCCACGGUCACAGAAAGCUUCACGAUGACGGGGUACGCCGAAGACGGCGGUUACUUCAGUCCGAGCUUGCAGGACGAGGUGUUCCAUCAGGUCACCACGGUUCCCGACAGCGUGUUGCUACAUGCCACGCAGUUGGACACGAUCCAGUUUCAGGCGGCCGGCCUAUUGCAAGAACAAUCCACCGAGCAGCUGCAGGACAUCACGCUGGAAGACCGGUACUCGUCGCAACACACGGUUAAUCCGGACCUCCAAGCGCUGGUGAACUCCCCGUUGCCCGACUCCUUGGCCGAGUUCAGUACUUACGCCGCGCAAUACACAGAAAGUCCCCAUACCUUGCCGACCCAGUCGCCGCUGCCGUCGCCGUUGACGCGACACGACAGUCCGAGCUUCACAUACCCCACCCCACCGGCUAGUCAAGAGGGCCUCCUCACCGGGAGCAUACCGCUGCUGAGUCCGCAGGAGGACCCGGAGGGCGUGAGGCAGGUGUCGUCGCCGCUCUCGGCGGCGUUCUAUACCAGCACGAUGUCGUCCGCCGCGGCCGUGGAGGAGGCACUGAACGAGGUACUGCCAGGCGAAUCCGAGGCGGACGCGGAUCUUUACGGAUCCGGCUCGCCGAAUCCGCACUCGCCACUGCCAAGCCCGUUGUCGGCGACACCGGCGCCGUCGCCAUUGUCCUCGCUACCGCCGUCCUCGAUACAGUCGCCGAGACCGGUCGCCUUCACCAGCGCCACGGGUUUCCCGGUGUCGCCGCAUCACGCGCUCCAGAGCCAGAUGAUGCCGAACUCGGAGGAUCCGCUGCUCUCUUCCACCCCGAAGGACUUCACCACCGCCGGUCGCAGGCGAUUCGAGUUCCAGUCGUACAAACUGAUCACGAGCCAAAACCUGGUAGACUUCGGCCUAGGCAACGGCAACCUCGCCGGCAUCGUCGUCGAUAACAACGGCGAGUUCAAAUUGAUACAGACGUCGGGCCUGCAGAAGACGAACGUGCUGGUGCAAGCGGGCUCCCUCAGUCCAGCGGUGGCCUUUAAGAAGGAGGUUCGCUUGGCGACGCCGAAAAUCGAGCCGGCGAACCUCGGUCUGAACGUCCAAACCAAUCAGCAGUACAACAACACGGCUCAGUUCAAUCAGCAGCAGAUCAUCAACCCGGCCAAGUUUCUCGUCCAAACUAACGAAGUGUCGAAGAACAAUAUCCUGAGACACAAGCCGACCGUCGGAAACUUGCCGAUACCCAUCGACCAGAUUAAGGAGGAACUGUUGGACGAGGAUGUGUUCCUCAGUCCCGGCAGUCUGCCCGCCAGCAGCCCCGUUCGACAUUGUCGAAAGAGGCCGCGUAUGGACGGUGGUCUGUAUGCGAACAGUUCCAACGCUUAUCCAUCGAGGCUGCGGAAGGCUUGCGACCGCCACUGGGACAGCAGUUACACGCCACCGCCGAUCUUAGACCCGUCCCGCCCUGGACCAGGGUUGUACGCAAGACUGCACCAGUACGAACGGGACUCGGACUUCAGCUCGGAUGACUCUCAGGGCAACGACGGCCCACCGCCGAGGAUCAACAUCGGCACGAGGUAUCAGGCCACGAUACCACCGUUCGGCUGUGACGGGGACAGAAGAAAAAACGGGCCAGAGGCCGAUCACCUGCUGUGGGACCCCGGCAUCAACAACGUGCUCACAAGCACCGAACUGGAGAUGUACCUGCAGUUCGCGUGUUGCGCCGCGGUGCCGGGCGGCGGUAGAAACAAGGAGUACGCACUUCACCUGCUGCACAUGUGCAAGGGGAACAUUCACGAAGCAAUGGUGAAGUUAAUGCGACCAACGCCGACGCUGCCGGUGGAGCAUCCGCUGCUCAGCUACGAGUGCCACGAGUCCGACCGAUGGACCGCGUACGAGAUGGACGCGUUCUAUCAAGGGCUACUCAAGUACAACAAGGACUUCUGCGCGAUCUCGCGGGAUGUCGGUGCCAAGAGCGCGAAACAGUGCGUGCAGUUCUACUACCUCUGGAAGAGGCUCUGUCCCGACGAGUAUAAGAUGCUACGUCUUCGUCAUGGAAAACCAAAAAUCAAAAGCGAGAUGAAAGAUUCCAAGGACACCAAGGAACUUCGUGACGCCAUCGCGUCCGUUACGGAGAUGGACUUCAAUGAAGAUAAGUCGAUCCUCCAUCGUACUCUGCUGCAAGCAAGCGAGAGAGAGAAUUCGGCGACUCUGACCACCAGCGAAGGGGAAAUGAGGUUAUUUGCGUAUGACUGCCCAGAUAGCUUUAGCGGAAGUGUAACAGUAACGAUGGCCGGGAGCACCCAAACCGCCCAAAUCGGCAAUACCGGCCACGCCACAGUCAACACCAACUCACAAACUCACACUAGUUCUGAGCAACAACUACCCGCGCCCACCCCACUUCACUACCCCUGCAAGAUUUGCGGGAAAGUUUUCAACAAAGUGAAAAGCAGAAGCGCGCACAUGAAAUCACACAGGCCAGUACCCUUGCCCGAUUCAACGGGUCAGGAAUCUAAACGACCCGCGGCGCAGCAACCGUCGAAAGUGCUGCAGCCGCAUCAACCACCACCACCACCACUACCGCAACAGCAGCAGCAACAACAACAACAACAACAACAACAGCAACAACAGCAGCAGCAGCAGCAGCAACAGCAGGCGGACAAUACCACGGCGCAAGCCAUCAAGCAACAAGACCAUCAGCAACAACUGCCCGCGAGUGUCAGCGACAACAAGAUCCAAAACUCAGCACAUGUGUGGCACAAUCCAACGAGGCUGAGGCCCCCAUAGGACGAGAUCCAAGUAGCUAUACUUAAGUUACCUUAACGAAGGCUGUAAUGGUACGAUAGGGAAGAAUAGGUAGGUUACGGUUGCUCGAGGCAUAGGCAGGUUCUUAUACGAUGACACGCGACCAUCCGCGAAGUCGUUGCGAGUAACGCGCUGCGAGAAUAUAUCUUUUUACGUGAACGAGACCUCCGCUCACACGACGGGGCGGGUUGCGUGGGUAAACUUCCAAAAUAGAUAGUUCCGAAAACGCGAAUACCUCCUCUAUAUGUGCGAACUUGGGCGAGAGAGCGUAACUGGCAAGUUUGCCCGGCCAGACGGACUAAUUAAACUUACGAGGUUACUCAUAUGGAAUAUGCAAUCAUAGUUGAGCAGUUUCACGAAGAGGAAAACGUCGACCGCUUGAUGGAAGCUGGAAAGCACAAAGAAUCGGGUAGAACUCGUAGAGUUUAAUGGCGUAAUGAUAGAGAGGAGAGAGAGAGGGAGGAGAGGGGAGAGAGAGAGAGAGAGAGAGAGAGAGAGAGAGAGAGAGAGAGAGAGAGAGAGAGAGAGAGAGAGGGUCUUUAACUAGUAAUUCUGCAAUCGUAAUUCGAACUCUGUUCAAUCAGGAGACAGGGUACCGAUAAUCACACGCGCGUCUUUCGUAAUACGGAAGGCGAGACGCCGGUGCGGUGUCUACAAAAAAGGAGAAACCGUCACUGUCGAAGAGAUCAAGCGAACGUACACGGACUUUGCGUUUUGUUGCGGACAAAAGAGUAUAUAAACGCGAUCGAUGGGAAAUGGCCUAGCAAAAAGGAAAUUAGACGCGUCUCAAUAAGUACAUGCGCAGAAGCGUACAUUUUCGCCACGAUGAGUGCUAACUUCACAAAAACCGAUGGACAUUGGCGUGCACUUACAACAAGCGACGUAACGAUAAAGCGCGAUUUUGGUGUACCUAUUUAUUAUGCACGUAAAAUGUUCCCAAAUUGUGCCACAAGACAUUACUGUUACCUGUUGCCCUUUCGCAAUUUUCUCUUUUUUUUUUUCUUUUUUGUAAUGUGUUAAGUUGUUUUUCUCUUCAGAUUCGUUACAGCCGGGAUCGACUUACGCAUAGUCGUAUAUUCGGAAUUUUCUUGCCGACGUGGAGGAGGUAUGUGCUUUAGUUUACAAAAUCCAUGUUAGUUUCAUUACAAUGUUCCAUGUUCCAUUACAAUUACGUUCUAUUGUAACCAAAGCGUGACAUAAUGUAUUUUAUUUUAACGAGGAACUAUCUGUGUGCACUUUCGAAAAUUGCUUUCGAAAUUAAUAAAUUUGAAUUUGCCUGAAUUCCGAUUAAACGACCGAACGAGAGACACAACUCGCGAAGAAAUCCCGGCAUGUGACGUACGACACUUGUUGCACGUUCGCUCUAGUUACAUUUAGUUUAAUAUAAUUAGAGUAUCUAAAAUCUUCGAUGAAUAAGUGAAUCUUACCGUACGUAUGUAGAUUUGUUGAAACUCCUUAAUUUCUUUACCUCUGUUACUUAGUAGUUUAAUAGUACACAAUUGAAAUAAAUUUUAAUAUAUACGAUAUAUGAAUAUAUAAAUAUAUACAUAAAUAUAAAUAUGUAUAAAUGAAUCGAUGUAAUUGAGAGAAACUCGUAGCAUAGGCAAAUAAUUCUCUAGAAAGAAUGUUGUUCAAGUUUUACUUCAGACAUCAUCAGUAUCGUCCAGAUAUAUAUGUAUGUAUAUCGUCGACACAUCGGUAUAUUCAGUAUAUAUAUACAUAUAUAUAUCUAUAUAUAUGUACAUAUAUAUAUACAUAUAUGUACUGAAUAUGUAAGAUAAUGAUUACAUACAUACACCCCAUACAUACAUUAUUAUAUUAUACAUACGCACACCCAAACACAGACACAGAAUAGAGAACAUUUAUUAAUUAAUUAAUAUUUAACUUUCAAUGAUCAUUGAAUAGCUAUAUGUACAUAAGACGUGUACAUGUUUGUACAUAUAACGUCAGUGUCUAUGUACAAUUAAAGUCAACUCUAUGCAAAAGCAAGUAGGUUAGAUUUUAGGUUGCUAAGAGGGAUAUAUAUAUAUA